AUGGCAAUGCAUAGUGAAGGUAGACAGAGUGACACAGGAUCCAGGGCACCUGGUCUGACAGAUGAAGAGGAGGAAGAGUCAUCUCAGGUAUACAUAAGCGUGCUGGUGCAUCAUGGAAAGGUGGGCCUCAGUUUCUAUGACAGCAGAGACUACAUCCUGCACUACAUGCCUGACACUGUAGAUGACCAUGAUCUGCAGCUGCUUGACAGAGUGCUGAAGGAGGUCUGCCCCAGUGUGUUCAUCACCAGUGCCAAGCAGGAGCGCAGCAUGGCCCAGUUCACCAAAGCACUUAGUACAAACUCAGACUACAAGCCAGAGAUUGUGCUGUAUCCCAGUGCUGAAUUUGGAUUAGAGGUCAGCAGACAGAGGCUGCUCUCGGCCCACCUGCCCUUCCUCCCCUCCUCCAUCACGGAGAAAGAAAGAAUCCCGUACCUCUCCUCCUGCCUGCCCUUCGACUGCACCCUCAUGCUGAGGUCUGUGGGGGCUCUCCUUAAAUGCCUGGACAGGAGAAGAGUCGGGGUGGAGCUGGAGGACAGCAGUGUGGGAGUCCCUAUUUUGCAGUUCCAAAUCUACACCCUGAAAGAUGUGGUGCAUGUGGACAAAGACACUUACAGUGUGCUCCAGAUUUUUAAGUCAGAGCCUCACCCCUCUGUGUACAAGCUGCAGUCUGGGGAGAAGGAGGGACUCAGUCUUUAUGGAAUAUUAAAUCGAUGCAGGUGUAAGUUUGGGUCCAGACUGCUCCGUCAGUGGUUCCUUCGGCCCACCAGAGACCUGAGUGUGUUGAGCAGGAGGCAGGAAGUAGUGCGUUUCUUUACGUCCCCACGGAACUCUGACACUGUCAGCACUCUGCAGGGCUGUCUGCGGAACAUCAGGAGUAUUCCGACCCUUCUGCACCGGAUGUCUCUCUCUCACACUAAAGUCAGUGACUGGCAGUGUCUCUACAAGACAGUGUACAGUGCAGUGUGCAUCAGAGACACCAUACGCUCUCUGCCCCAGACUAUCCAGCUGUUCCAGGAGAUCAGUGAGGGUUUCACUGAAGAUCUCUACUACAUCGCCUCUCUCAUCAGCAAAGUGGUCGACUUUGAAGCCAGUUUAGCUGAAAAUCGCUUCACCAUCAAACCCAAUGUGGAUCCAGCCAUUGAUGAAAAGAAGAGAAGGAUGAUGGGACUGUCAGACUUCCUGACAGACGUGGCUCGCAAGGAGCUGGAGAAUCUGGACCCCCGGAUCCGCUCCUGCUGUGUCAUCUACAUUCCCCUGAUAGGGUUCUUGCUGUCUGUCCCUCGCUUGCCAUGGAUGAUUGAGAAGGAGGACUUUGAGUUUGAGGGCCUUGAUUUUAUGUUCCUGUCCGAGGAGCGUCUGCACUACCGCAGCGAGAGAACCAAAGAGCUGGAUGACAUGCUCGGAGACCUGCACUGUGACAUCAGAGACAUGGAGAUGGCGGUGAUGACCCAGCUCCAGGCCGCCGCGCUGCAGCGCAGCGGCUGCCUGUACGCCGUGCUGCGGCUCUGCGCAGAGCUGGACUGUCUGAUGGCUCUGGCCCGGGCCUCCCAGGAACACGGCUACUGCUCCCCCAAGAUGACGCCCCACGGCCGGCUCUCUCUCACCCAGGCCAGGCACCCCCUGCUGGAACUGUGUUCCCCUGUGUUUGUGCCCAACCCACUGCUCAGUUCUGAGGCGGAGGGGAAGGUGAAGGUUCUGACUGGGCCCAACUCCUCCGGCAAGAGCAUCUACCUCAAACAGGUCGGUCUGAUUGUUUUCAUGGCUCUGAUUGGCUCUGAUGUGCCAGCAAAGGAGGCAGAAAUCGGCUUGAUUGACAGUAUCUUCACACGCAUGCAGAGUCGUGAGUCUGUGUCUGUGGGACUGAGCACCUUCAUGAUAGAUCUAAACCAGAUGGCUCACUGCCUGAACAACAGCAGUGGAAAUUCACUGGUGCUGAUUGACGAGUUUGGCAAAGGGACCAACACAGUGGACGGCCUGUCUCUCCUGGCCUCCUGUCUCAGCCACUGGUUAAAGAAGGCUCCAGCUCAGUGCCCUCAUGUCCUCCUGGCUACUAACUUCCACAGCCUGCUGCAGCUUGGCCUUCUGCCCCGCUCUUCUCUGCUCUCUCUGCUGACUCUAGAGACGGCAGUGGAUGGCGAUGAGCUGGUCUUCCUGUACCAGCUGAGAGAGGGUGUGUGCCAGUCCAGCUUUGCUGCCAACAUUGCCACCCUGGCCGGUCUCCCCCGGGCUGUGGUACAGAGAGGGGUGGAGGUGUCAGAGCUGUACAGAGCGGGCAAGACGAUAAAACGCGUAGACCAGCUCUCUACUGAGGAACAGACAAACAGGUGUUUGAAGGUGGUAGAGAGGUUCCUCAGCCUAGAACUGGAUGACCCCUCUCUGGACCUGCAGCUCUACAUGAAGGAGGAGCUUCUGCCCAGCGUUGGAGAGUUACUGUAGUGUCAUCGCCUGAUCAAGCUUCAUAUACUCCAU